AUGCCGGGGAAGCUGAAGGUCAAAAUCGUGGCAGGGCGCCAUUUGCCGGUGAUGGACCGCGCCAGUGACCUGACCGACGCCUUUGUAGAGGUAAAAUUUGGAAAUACGACAUUUAAGACAGAUGUGUAUCCCAAAUCACUUAAUCCUCAGUGGAAUUCUGAGUGGUUCAAAUUUGAAGUAGAUGAUGAAGAGCUACAAGAUGAGCCUCUCCAGAUCACAGUUCUUGAUCAUGACACCUACAGUGCUAAUGAUGCCAUUGGCAAAGUGUACAUAGAUAUUGAUCCUUUGCUCUACAGUGAAGCAGCUACAGUUAUUUCAGGAUGGUUUCCUAUUUAUGAUACCAUUCAUGGUAUACGUGGGGAGAUCAAUGUGGUGGUGAAAGUAGAUCUCUUCAAUGAUUUAAACAGAUUUAGACAGUCAUCUUGUGGAGUCAAGUUUUUUUGCACUACAUCUAUUCCUAAGUGUUACAGAGCAGUAAUAAUUCAUGGAUUUGUGGAAGAACUUGUGGUUAAUGAAGACCCAGAAUACCAGUGGAUAGACCGAAUUCGUACACCAAGGGCAUCAAAUGAGGCUAGACAAAGGCUUAUUUCACUCAUGUCAGGUGAAUUACAAAGGAAGAUUGGCUUGAAGGUGCUUGAAAUGAGAGGAAAUGCUGUUGUUGGUUAUUUGCAGUGUUUUGAUUUGGAGGGAGAGUCUGGACUCGUAGUGCGAGCCAUAGGAACAGCCUGCACGUUGGAUAAAUUAAGUAACACAUCAGCAUUCUUACCUGCAUGUAACUCCCCAUCUAAAGAAAUGAAGGAGAUUCCCUUCAAUGAAGAUCCCAAUCCCAAUACUCAUUCAUCAGGACCCUCCACCCCUCUGAAAAACCAAACCUAUUCCUUUUCACCUUCCAAGUCCUACAGUCGACAGUCCUCUUCUUCUGACACAGAUUUGAGUUUGACACCCAAAACUGCACCUUCCCCACAGGGACCUAGGACUUUCCUGUUUCCCAGCUCCCCUACACUCUCUUGUGUCUCCCCACAUCCUAAAAAGUCCUGUCUCCUCUUCUCGGGGUCUAGCCUUAACCCUCUACACUCUAGCCAUGUCAGCCCAGUUGUUCUGAGGAAAAGUGUUUCUUUCACUGAAGAGCUGCUUCUGGCUGCCUCUGGAAUGGGCAGUGGGAGUGCUGGAAAAGAAGGGGGGCCAUUUAAAACUCUCUUAAGACAACAGACUCAGUCAGCUCUGGAACAAAGGGAAUUUCCAUUUUUUACCUUGACGACCUUUCCACCAGGCUUUCUCGUCCACGUUGGUGGCGUGGUCAGCGCACGGUCUGUGAAGCUCCUGGAUCGCAUUCACAAUCCUGAUGAACCAGAGACACGAGAUGCAUGGUGGGCAGAAAUCAGACAGGAAAUAAAAUCCCAUGCCAAGGCAUUGGGUUGUCAUGCUGUGGUGGGCUACAGUGAAUCAACUAGCAUUUGUGAAGAGGUCUGUAUUUUGUCUGCGUCUGGCACAGCAGCUGUACUGAACCCUAGGUUUCUUCAGGAUGGCAUCGUGGAAGGCUGUUUGGAACAAAGGAUUGAAGAGGCUUCACCACCAGGUUGUGGAUUUUGCCAUAUACCGUAUGAUGAAUUGAAUAUGCCAUUCCCUGCACACCUCACUUACUGUUACAACUGCAGGAAGCAAAAAGUUCCUGAUGUUCUUUUCACCACGAUUGAUCUUCCCGUAGAGGCAAUAGUUAUUGGGAAAGGAUGUCUUAUUCAAGCCAGGUUGUGCCGUCUAAAGAAGAAAGCUCAAGCUGAAGCCAACGCGACGUCUAUCAGUAAUCUCCUGCCAUUUAUGGAAUAUGAAGUGCACACCCAACUGAUGAACAAACUUAAGCUGAGAGGAAUGAAUGCUCUGUUUGGGCUGAGAAUUCAGAUCACUGUGGGUGAAAAUAUGCUAAUGGGAUUGGCAUCUGCAACAGGUGUGUAUCUAGCAGCUUUGCCAACGCCUGGUGGCAUUCAGAUUGCUGGGAAGACUCCAAAUGAUGGCACCUAUGAACAGCACAUCUCUCACAUGCAAAAGAAAAUAAAUGAUACAAUAGCAAAAAACAAGGAACUUUACGAGAUUAACCCUCCUGAGCUACCUGAAGAAGUCAUUGGGUCUCCUAUUCCAGAGCCAAGGCAACGUUCCAGAUUAUUAAGAUCUCAAUCAGAAAGCUCUGAUGAAGUCACAGAACUAGACCUUUCACAUGGGAAAAAGGAUGCUUUUGUCUUGGAGAUUGAUGAUACAGAUGCCAUGGAAGAUGUACAUUCUUUACUGACAGAUGUUCCACCACCUGCUGGUUUUUACAGCUGCAACACAGAAAUUAUGCCUGGGAUAAAUAACUGGACACCAGAAAUUCAGAUGUUCACAGCAGUAAGAGUAUCCAGAUUAAGCAACGUUAACCUAACAAAUCAAACACUUAAUAAGAACUUUAAUGAUCUCUGUGAGAAUCUAUUGAAGAGCUUGUAUUUUAAACUGCGAUCUAUGGUUCCCUGCUGCCUUUGUCAUGUGAAUUUUACAGUUGCUCUACCAGAGGAUGAGAUAGUUCAGAUUGCAGUCACAGCUGUUGCAAUUACAUACGACAAAAACCAGGCAUUACAAACCAACAAAGCCCCCCUUGAAAAAUCACAGCAAAGAGCAUCAACAGACAAUGAAGAACAGCUACAGUUUCCACUGGAACUUUACUCUGAUCCUCUUGCUUCUCAACCAUUCUCACCAGCUAAAGAAGUCCUGGAGGGUGCAAGUUCCCACACAGGUAUUCCUGCUGCUCAGAGAGCAACGUCAAUUGAUUACAGUUCCUUUGCAGACAGAUGCAACAGCUGGAUAGAGCUCAUUAAACUGAAAGCUCAGACCAUAAGGCGCGGAUCAAUUAAGACAACCACUUCACUGGAUAAAGCGAGUCCCUUGGCUGAGGGAUACUUACGGCACCGUUCCGUUCCAUCGUGCACCAACUCCACUGUCUCAGUUGUUAAGAUGACACCUCUUUCUUUUCUGCCUGGGGCAAAAAUAACCAAAUACCUUGGGAUAAUCAACAUGUUUUUUAUAAGAGAAACCACUUCUUUGCGUGAGGAGGGUGGUGUCAGUGGUUUUCUCCAUGCUUUUAUUGCUGAAGUGUUUGCCAUGGUGAGAGCUCAUGUUGCAGCUUUAGGAGGAAAUGCAGUCGUCUCAUACAUAAUGAAACAGUGUGUUUUCAUGGAGAAUCCAAACAAAAAUCAGGCUCAGUGUUUGAUCAACGUCAGCGGCGAUGCGGUCAUCUUCGUACGCGAAUCCGAGUUAGAAAUGUUCCCAGUACAGCCUUCUGCAGUUGUUUCUCAACCCUCAAGUUCUGGAGGAGAUGUCACAACAUGAAGAGAGAAAAAAGCGAAAUAGUCUCUGCCAAAUACAAACAUUAUUUAAAAUGU